AUGUUAUCACUUCCAAGUAUUCUGGCUUUUCUUUGCUCUGUGAUCACUUUUGGGUUCUUCUACGUGAGGCGAUCCUAUUCGUAUUGGGAACGAAGGAAUGUCAAGGGCCUAAAACCAUCCUUUCCUCUUGGAAACUUUGGACCUAUGAUGACCAAGCAAUCCCUCGGCGAUUUCUGUGAUUCCGUCUAUAAAUCCGUCGACGCUCCAAUGGUGGGAAUCUACGCAAUAACAAGACCCGUUCUUCUGAUUCGCGAUCCCGAACUCUGUCGACGGAUCCUCAUCAAAGAUUUCCAGUUCUUUCACGAUCGCGGAAUAUAUCACAAUGCCGAGGCUGAUCCUUUGUCGGCACAUCUUGUGUCUCUGGACGGCGUAAAUUGGCGGAAUUUGAGGAACAAACUGUCUCCGGCCUUCACAACGGGCAAACUCAGAGGGAUGUUUAAGAGCAUCUCCGCCUCCAAUGCGAACUUGGAGGCCUUCCUCAGCAAGGAAGUCGACCGAGGCACCGAAAUCUGCAUGUUUGAUCUCAUGGGACGCCACAUGACCAACGUUAUUGCAUCCACUGUGCUGGGAUUCGACGUGGAUUGCAUUGCCAAUCCAGAUGCACCUAUUCGGGAAGCCGGAAAGAGAUUCUUCAGUCCUUCUGCUAUGAAUGGCUUUCGUCUGGCCAUGAGUUUCUUCCUCCCAACUGUGUCGCAAUGGAUUCGCCUCAAGACUACCGAUUCCAGAUACGAAGAGAUCAUGAUGACGAUGGUGAAGCAAAUUGUUGAGGAUCGCGAGAGGAAUAAUACGGAAAAUAAGGAUUUUAUGCAGCUUUUGAUGCAACUCAGGAACUCUGACAAAUCAGCGAAGAUGUCUCUAGGCGAAGUUGCAGCUCAGGUUCAUCUAUUCUACAUCGCAGGUUAUGACACAACUGCCCUGACCAUCGCUUAUUGUCUCUUCGAGCUGGCCAAGAGCGUAUCUCUGAAGACGAAGGUUGUGCAAGAAAUCGACGAUGUUCUCAAGCGUCACGAUGGUCAAAUCACGUACGAAAGUGUGGCUGACAUGAAAUUCCUCGACUGUUGCGUUUAUGAGGUGCUCAGAUUGUACAGUCUUGUGAUUAUCCUGAAGCGCGAGUGCACGAGAGACUACUUGAUUCCGGGCACUGACACUGUGAUUGAGAAGGGCACACCAAUCAUGAUUCCAACGGUCAGCAUUCACCACGAUCCGAAGCACUAUCCCAAUCCGCAGAAGUUCCAGCCGGAGCGCUUCGAAUCGAGGACUUCCAGCGAUCAGAGCGGAAUGUAUCUUCCAUUCGGACUUGGUCCUAAGCAAUGCAUCGCGAUGAACAUGGGAAGAGUGAUUUCCAAGAUCGGUUUAGUGUCAAUUCUGUCCAACUUUGACGUGCAUCUGGGAAAGGAUCUGGCUAGGAACAGUCAUCUUCACUUCAUUCCCAAUUCAAUCAUGAGAAUUCCCGUUGGAGGGUUAAAAUUGAAGAUUUCCCGAAGGAAGAAUGAAUAA